GAUGACGACCGAAAAUUUCGAUAAAAUUUUAAGGGAAGAAAAAGAAAAUCGAUUAGCAACGCUGGCUUUCAUCAAAGUAAGGCAGAACGAAUCGAAAAUGUGCGGAACAAUAGAAGUUGAUUUGGAAAAUGUUAUCCCCCUAGUUACAAUAGCUAGAAUGCUUGUAGUUGAAGAGAUUGUUAAAGAAUGUGAAUAUUUAUUGCUGGACUUUCUAACCGUUAAAAAUAGUCUAAGUAUGGCUUUCUUGGCUGAUGUAUUUGAAUUAGAGGAAUUGAAAAUAGCUACUUCUACGGCUUUAGAAACCCUUCUCUUCAGUGAGAAUCUCUUAAAGCAGAUUGUAUGUCUCCCGUUUGAGGGCAUUUUAUGGUUGAUUCAACAAGAAGUAUUUCAAAGCUGCAGUAAUUUCACUGUAGAAGCAGUUAUGAAAUGGUUGAAGGGCGUAGGGAGUCAAGAAGAUUACGAUAUAUUAUUACAUAUUUUAGCUGAUUCAUACGGUAUAGAUACGUCUAACUUACCCCACGCUUCCGAAUUACUAAACAGGAGGUUGCAUCUGGAAAUCUUACAUACUUCUUCCAAUGAAACAAUGGAAGAAAUGCUUGUAUUCAUCAAUCUUAAUUCAAUUUCAAUAAUGUUUUACUCUCCGACUUUAAAUAAUUGGUUUAGUUUUCCUCUAAAAUGCUCUCAAGACGACUUGUUUCCCAUUGGUGCCCUCAAAUCAGGCAAAAUGCUUGUGCGGAAAAAGACGGGGUCUCAAUUAUUUGCAGUAAACAUUCGUGACCAAGAAAAACCAAAAGAGACAGUAAGCCCCCCAAAACAUAAUAAUUGGAAAAAUGUAACUUAUGGUAUAUGCGAAGGAAAGUAUAUCUGCUUGCAAAGAAAUGGUCAAGAAAUGAGACUUGUAAAAUUAAAGGAGGUCAAAUCAAAAUUUAUAUGGAAACCUUGGCCUGUAUAUACUAUUGAAAAUCUACCAAUAAUCGAGGGAAAAUUAAUUUUUGUUGGUGGACCCUCAAGCCAUAUAGUACUGUCAGAAAAUUGGUACCAAGAAGAGAAGGGCUAUAUGAUUUUGAGGAAAAAUGUAUAUCCAUUCAAUUUUAUAAAAAUUCCUUAUCCAAAAUGCGCUUGUAGUAAUCAUAAGCCAAAUGGACAAGGCACAAUUUGUCUUCUAUCACUUGCCAAAACCACUUUAAAAGUUUAUAUGAAUCUUUCUCAAACUUACUUUAGAAUAACUUUAGUGAUAAACUCGUCUGAGAAUUUUACAACGUUUAAUGUCUACAACUGCAACCUUCUGGACCUAACAUGGACGUUCACGGUAGAAAAAAUCGAGGAAACUUUAAAAUGUACAUCUGGAAUUUCAAAUUUAUAUCUUAUUCGCAAACAUGAUCAAGUUUACGUUACUAAAGCAAUGCAUGCAGAUCACAAAGUUAUUUUACCUCCCUUGCGUUUUGAGAGAAUAAUUCACGAAUUUCGUUGCGUUAUGUUACCAAAGUGCUUACUUGAGAAAGCAGAUAUAAAUAGAAAUGUAGAAGUUGAAAAAGGGGAGGAGUUUAAUUUUGAAUGGAUGAAAUUGCUACCUUAUUAA